GACCUGACUGAGCAGAACGACGCGCAGGCCGUGGCCGCGCAGAUGGCAGAAGCUCGCGGGGAAGAAGGUCGGGCAGAGGAGCAGGCGUCAGAACAGGCCUCGGAGGCAGACAGCGAAGGGCUGCCAGGCGAGGCGCCAGAAGCAGAAAAGCCGGCGGAGGCAGACGACCGCGCAUCUCAGCCGCCAGCCGAAGUGCGCGAAGCACUGGCACCACAAGACGAAGCCGAUCAGCCACCGGCACCAGCAGCGGAGGAGCCAGCACAUGCGCUGGAGGAGAGGGAUGACCAGGGGCCUCAUUCGUGUUCCGAAGCGGAAGCGGAGCCAGCAGCAGAGGAGCCGGCGCAGCCGGAGGAGGAGCGCCUGACGUCUGCCUUGUCAUUGUCUCUGUCUCUCAGCGACUUCUCACUGAUUGCAGCAAGCGCGGGGCCCUUGGUCAGCUCCUGUUCCUCGUGUCUUUCCGACCUGACUGAGCAGAACGACGCUCAGGCCGCGGCCGCGCAGAUGGUAGAAGCUCGCGGGGAAGAAGGUCAGAGUCGGGCAGAGGAGCAGGCGUCGGCGGAGGGAGACGACCAGGCAUCGCAGCCGCCAGCCGCAGUGCGCAAGGGGCCGAAGUUGAAGCCGCGCAGCCACCAGCAGCAGAGGAGCCAGCAGACCAAGGGCCUUGGUCUGCUCGCUCCUCCGCUGCUGCUGAACAAGGGCCUCACUUACCGGCCGAAGUGGAAGCCUUGCAGCCGCCAGCAGCGGAGGAGCCAGCAGACCAAGGGCCUCACUCGCCGGCCGAAGCGGAAGCCCUGCAGCCAGCAGUAG